UUGCGGAACAGUGAGUUGAGAAUUAAUUGUGUUUGUGAAUCUUUCGUUUAUUCAUAAGAGCCCCCGCUGUAGACACCAUCAUGACGCAACAAAAGAACUUCAUUCUUGCUUUCGUAAUAGUGGUGAUUCAUCUGAUCUGGCAAGUGGAAGGAAAAGGCAAGUUGAAGUUAACAGUUCUGUCUGAAGACAGGCUGCAAAUGAAAUGGAAAGAAGCUGAUGGAAAUAAACAGGGAUAUAAAGUCCGAGUCAAGCCUUCAGCGGGUGCUACUGAACAGGAAAUAAUCCUGAAGACAAAUACAGCCAAAGCGACUGUUGUAGGUCUGACUCCAACCCAAGAAUACACACUCCACAUUCUACUACUGAAUGGAACCAGAGAAAGCCACUAUGCCAAAAGGAAGUUCGUUAUCAAUGUCCUAAAAAAAGAGCAUUCGAAGAAAGCCUCGCAACGUAAGCAACAACAAAGGGAGAUUGGUAUCACAGCGAGUGAGAACGGUACUCGAUCCGAUUUCAAUAUUCCUCCAGGCAAUGUGACGGAGCCUGGUCAAACAGGAACACUGAAUGGCGUGCCAUCAAAACGAGGAAAGGGUUCGGAACGACGAAAAUCAUUUGACAAGACAGAGGAGAGUAAAGUGAAGCAGGCAACCAGCCUCCCUGCUAAUGAGAGCGGAAGAGUUUCCCAAAUGAAAAAUACAACACAACUUCUGUCUGAAAAUAAAAGAAAGAUGGUUCAAGAAAAGCCGCCCAAAGAAAGUUCAGCUGUAGAAGUCACAGACAAAGAAUCCCGAUUCAAGUGCCAGGCGACAGGACCUGCAGAUGUCAUCUUUCUAGUUGAUGGAUCUUGGAGUAUUGGCCAACACAACUUCCGAUUAAUGCGGCAGUUUUUAAUAAAUUUGAUCACGCCUUUUAAUGUUGCUAUGAACGAAAUAAGAAUAGGAUUGACUCAAUAUAGUGGAAAGCCAAGGACGGAGUGGGACCUGAUUGCUUAUUCUACCAAGAAUGAAGUGCUGGAAGCUGUGCGCAAUCUUCGUUACAAAGGAGGCAACUCAUACACAGCUCUUGCCUUGAAUCACGUCUUUGAAAAGAACCUGAAGCCAUUAGCAGGUGCUAGAUUGGAUACUCCGUCGUUUCUGAUACUGCUUACUGAUGGGAAAUCACAGGACAACGUUAACCCAUCAGCUCAACGUCUGAAAAAUGCCGGAGUGGAAGUUUUCGCGAUCGGUGUGAAGAACGCCAAUGAAGCAGAAUUGAAACAGAUCGCUUCGGAUCCACUCGAACUCCACGUGCAUUACGUCUUCGACUUCAGGUUUCUCGACUCGCUCAGCGACAGGCUCAAAAAGAUUCUUUGUGCACAGAUGAAGGCAAAAGCCGUCGAAAUGAAAAGUGGACUCAAUAAAGCAGACACCGGUGGUGUUUUUCACCCAAAUCCUACAAACCUGGUUCUGUCAGAUAUAACUCCAAGGAGUUUCAGAGUCAGCUGGACACGAGGCACGAACAAAGCAAACAUUUACCGUGUUGUGUAUUAUCCAACCAAAGGGGAUAAGCCUGAGGAGGUGAUUGUGAAUGGAACGGUUUCCUCUGUAGUUCUGGACAAUUUGCAUUCACUGACCGAGUACCAAAUUGCUGUUUUCCCGAUUUAUGAAGACAAGGCUGGUGAGGGCCUCCGGGGCAUCGAAACCACACUGUCUUUCCCACCUCCCGACAAUCUCACGAUCCUCGACGUCACACACAACAGUAUGAGAGUCAAGUGGGAACGCAGGGAAGAUUCCACUCAGUACAUGGUUCUGUACGAACAAGUUUCUGGUGCAGAGGCGGAUGAGGGAAAAGAGGUGAAGGUCGAUGCUCAGUUCACUGAGAUUGAACUUGAAGGACUAGCUCCAAAUGCAGAUUACAUUGUCACAGUUUAUGCAUUGUACGGAGAGGAUGCAAGUGAACCAGUGACCACACAACAAGCAACACUACCCCUAAACCCUCCAGCAGAACUGCAUGUCACUGAUGUCAGUCACAGCAGUGCUCAGGUUAACUGGCAGCCUGCUUCAAGGAAAGUGAAAGGGCAUCGCAUUGUAUAUGUAACAACCAGUGGGAAUGAUCCCAAAGAGAUUGUAGUCACUGGAAACACUACUCACGUGGUCCUGAUAAACCUGACCUCAUUCACAAAGUACAUUGUAAAUACGUUUUCUGUUUACGAUAAUGGGUCGUCUGAGCCAGUCACCGUCACCAUUGAAACAUUGAAGGUUCCACCUCCAUCAGAAUUGAAGGUCACCGAUUUUUCAGGCAACGAUUUAACAAUUAGAUGGAAACAUGCUGCCAGCGAUGUCGUUGUCUAUAAAAUAAAAUGGAUCCCGCUUAGCGGAGGAACAUUGAAGGAGCUUGAUGUCAAAGGUGACAUGGACACAGCCGUGUUAGAGGAAUUGGAAGGGAACACUGAUUACCAAGUGUCGCUCGCUGCAGUCUACAAUGAUACCGCUAAAAGUGACGCUAUUGUUGUCCGUUACAACACUUUUUCCAGAGAUCCACCGAGAAACCUUAUGAUAGACAGCAAGACUCCAACUGCCCUCCAAGUCAGCUGGGAACACACAAACCCAAAUGUCCAAUAUUACAACAUAUCAUACGUGACCGUUGAAGGUGACCAUGCAGAAGAGGCCGUAAGUCACAUGUACUAUAUGAUCAUCCCUAUCAAGAGUAACAGCAAAACAUUGCAGCCACUGGAGUCUGACACCACGUACAGAGUGACAGUCACGGCAGUCUAUUCCUCAGGCGAUGAAACCAGUGUGUCUGGAGUGGGCAAAACCUUGGCAUUUUCUCCACCGACGAACCUGCGGAUUUCGAAAGAAUGGUAUGACCACUUGCACAUCACCUGGAACCAUCCUAAGCCACAACCCAUGGGAUUCACUGUGAUGUACCAGGCGACUGAUGGUCCAGCCAUGGAGCUGAUAACCAAAGAGGAUGCCGACUCGGCAGAAAUUCUGAAUUUACAGAAUGGUCUGGAGUACGGCAUUAGAGUCUUUGCUUUAUACCGAACUGGCAAUAGUAGUGCUAUCGAAGGCAAAGCUUCAACAUUGUACUUGAACAUAACUGAGCUUAGCAUCUACCAAACGCAGAUCACCUCCCUGUGCGCGAAAUGGAAAGUUCACCCCGAUGCCUCUUUCUACAGGAUAGUGUUGGAAUCACUUCGAGACGGAAAGACCCAGGAAGACAUGUUAAGAGCAGGAACAGAUAGGCACUGUUUUAGACUUCUAGUUCCAGAUACACAGUACAGAAUUACCAUCUAUACACGUCUAGAAGACAUGGAAGGAGCUGGUGUUUCCAUUCUCCAGUCUACACUGCCUCUUCCAACCAGGUCAUCUCUUGACCCAGGUGGUAUUACUGCUGCCAUAAAGGCUUGCAGGCACAUAACAGCGGACCUGGCGUUCAUAAUAGAUGGAUCCCAACAUGUAGGAGAAAUAAACUUCAAGAAACUCAUUGGCUUCCUGUACGAAAGCGUUAGUGUUUUAGACACAAUUGGUCCAGAAGGAAUGCAGGUGUCAGUUGCUCAGUUCAGCAAUUAUAUGAAAAGUGAAAUUGAAUUUGGCUCCUUUAGAAGUAAAGAGAGUCUAUUGGGAGCAAUCCAUGAAUUACCUUACAGAGGGAAACAGGCAGGUGCAGCUAAGAGUGGAGAAAGUGUUAAAGAUCUGUUUUCCAUUAACGAAACGCUAAGAAGGAGAGGCGUUCACAAAAUUUUAGCCAUAAUAAGCGGUGGAAACGUGCUCAAUGAGAUACGCCAAACUGCAGAAGAGCUGGCAUUGAAAGGAUUCAUUACCUUUGUUCUUGGGCUUGGCAAUGCUUCUGAGAUGAGGAUGAAUGAAAUUGCUAGCACUUCUAACAGCAGGACUGUUUUCUAUGCAACGGGCUUCAGUAAUUUACAGAGCAUUGGAAAUAAAUUUAUUGCAACCAUUUGUCAGACUGUUUCCACAUCCUGCCCUCUGACACAUAUUAGAGGCACCAUUGUACCAGGAAUUAACAUGAUGGAGGCAUUUGGACUGGUAAAAACAGAGUAUUCAGUGCUUGACGGAGUUUCUAUGGAGGCUGACAUCUUUACUGGGUCACCAUCAUAUAGGAUUUUUAAAAAUGCUCAGCUCACACAGCUCACUAGGAAUAUACACCCCAUUGGACUACCUCCUGAGCACACCAUUAGUUUUUUAUUCCGACUGCUUCCAAACACACCCAAAGAGCCAUUUGCAAUUUGGCAGAUUGUGGAUAAAGACUUUCAGCCUCUGGUUGGGAUCAUUUUGGACUAUACCAAAACCUCUCUAAACUACUUUAACCUGGACUAUAAGAAUGACUUUCAGGCGGUUACGUUUGAUCAGCCCCAAGUUAAGAGGAUUUUCUUUGGAAGUUUCCAUAAGGUUCAUAUAACAGUGAAUGGGACAAGUGUCAAGCUUCAUAUUGACUGCCAGGAGGUCGGAGGGAAGUUAAUUAACCGUAUUGGAAUGUUCCCCACUGAAGGUUUCGAGAUUCUAGGGAGACUUGCAAAACCAGGGGUACCGAGAAACAGUUCAGUACCAAUCCAGUUGCGGGCAUUUGAAAUAGUUUGCAAUACCUCCUGGGCUGACGUGGACAAUUGCUGUGAUCUACCUGCACUCACAGAUGAAGUGAGCUGCCCCACUCGUGCCCCCGCUUGUACUUGUUCGUCAGCUAUCAGAGGACCAUUGGGGGCCCCAGGACCACCAGGCAACCCUGGUUUAAGAGGAGCCAGGGGUGAGCGUGGGGAACCUGGCCCAAAGGGUCAAGAAGGUCCAAUCGGCAACCCAGGGCCUAUGGGACUAGAUGGUAAACCUGGAUCUAUUGGGCCAAGGGGAAUGAGCGUCCGUGGACCUACAGGUCCCACUGGUGAAAAAGGACAGAAAGGUGAGCCUGGACUGAAGGGAAAACAGGGUCCACCAGGUCCUCAGGGGCCACAAGGGAGAGAUGGCCUUCAGGGACCAAAGGGUACAAGAGGAUUGGAAGGAUCACUAGGACCCCCUGGACUUCCUGGACCAAGAGGACCGUCAGGAAUCCCAGGACCAUCGGGCUAUUCAGGGGAAAGGGGGCUGCCAGGUGAUGUUGGGCCAUCUGGUCUUCCUGGUGCAAAAGGAGAAAAGGGUGAAAAGGGUGAAACCCAAUCCCUUGCUACGGUUUAUCAACUUGUCACUCAAGCUUGUGAGCAGCUUGUUCAGGAUCACAUGGUCAGAGUUGAUUCUCUCCUGGAAAAGUUUACAAGGAACCCGGCACCUGUACGGAUCAUCCAGGGGCCAGCAGGUGAAGUGGGUCACCCAGGAUUACCUGGUCCACCUGGAAGUAGAGGGACUCCUGGAAUACCUGGAAUGCCAGGAGAACCUGGCAAAGAUGGUUAUCCAGGGGAGAGAGGAAACCAAGGUGAAAAGGGAGAGAAGGGCAGUUCAGGGCCUAAUAGGGUUGGCCCUGAUGGACCAAGUGGCGCUCCAGGCUUCCCAGGUGAAGGGAAACCAGGAAGGCAGGGAUCGCGAGGAUUACCUGGCCCAGCAGGAAGGCCUGGCUUGCCUGGCUCCCCUGGUCCCAUUGGGCAGCCUGGUUUACCUGGACUCUGUGACGUCUCUGCCUGCAACACCUUGAAUACAGGAGGCGAAUCUCAAAUCGAAUCAGAGGGUGAAUUCCAGUAUGUGCCUUGAAUCAUUCCUCAUUCUGUUAUUUUCAUAAGUAAGGUUGAAUGGAGAACAGUUUAACCUGGGGUCAACCUAACAGCAUAACUUUGCUCACCAAAGAAGCAUUCAAUUGGAUGAACUGCAAUGUCUAUUAUUUUGAAAAUAAGCUGGGUUUUGGCAAUAGACUGGGAUGGAGUCCCAAGUUAUAACAUAUACAUUUGCUAAGAGGUUGAAAAUAUUGAUGGGGAGCAUUUUGAUACUGAAAUGUAAUGUCGAUACAAAUCAAUCUUCCAGUAGCUGGAAAUGGCUGUCAUUCCAAGAUUAAACUUUUGACAGUUGUGUUCAUUUCGAAGCUGAAUAAUAUGAAUUUUAUGAGCUGUAUUAAAUGCAAGAAGAAAAAGGACCGAUGUGGUGGCUAAUGGAACACUUAAGACUUUUAAGAAAGUAUUUUUCAAUCUCUGUAUGCAAUCUCCACUAUAUAUAACUGAUUACAGAAGACAUUCUUACCUGCGGAAGUUUCAUCACAUUUCAUCACAUUUCCUACGAUUACAGUUACUACACUUUACAGCAAUUAUCUGUGAAGCGUUUUGAGACCGUUAUAGGCUUACAGACACUGUAUCCAAUCAAGAAUCAUUAUUAUUUUUUAUUAUAUCUGUAUUUUUUCCCAUAAUGUGCGAAGUUCAUUUGGAGUUUGGCACAUUCUCUGCCAAUGCACACACUAUUUCUGCUGCAUCUCUAUUAAUGUACAGUUUGAAGAUAUUUGGAAGCUAGAAAUGUACAAUAUGGUUAGUGGAUGGCUUCUCUAUAAUCAUCACUUUAUGUAAUCAUACAUUCGUAAAAUAUUGAUACUUAUAUGAUUUAUGUGUGAAUGAU